CCCUGUCCUGGUGCGGAAGAUGGGCCACGGAUGAUGGGAUUUGCAGUACCUUAAAAGAUUCAGCUCCAACUUCAACAUUUCGCUGAGACUCGAACGAAUGAUGGGCCUGGACAAAACUUGGCACACGGAUUUUCCAUGACCAACAGAACAUACUGGAGAAGUUUCGGGGAAACCAAACUUGAUUUUGGGAGUUACAGUUCACUUACAUCCAGAGAAACAAUGCCCCCACCAACAAUGGACUGGGACCAAACUUGGCACAGAGGAGCCCCAUGACCACAUGAACAUGUUGCAGGAGUUUGGGGGGAUGGACCUUGUUUUUGGGAGUUAUAGUUCACCUGCAUCCACGAGGGACCUGGCCCAAACCGAAGUGAUAUUAUCUAACAUCCCAAAACAGACAGUGCCUUCCUGUAAUAACCAAGGGGGUUAAAAAGAACCGGGCCAAGGGGAGGCCCAUUUUCAAGGCGCCCUGUCCCUUUAAGGGGCGCGACCUCACCAACAUGGCGGCGGCGGGAGCCAUAGCAACCGCAUCUGUUUUUAAACCCUCCCCUUCCCAUCAUGGCGGCUGCGCGGCGCCGGUCACCUGACUCGGAGGACACGCCCCCUCGCCGAGGCCACGUGACAGAGAAGGCGGAAGUUGGUGGCUCAGUCGGGAGAAGACUCGGUGGGAGCCGGCGCAUCCUCUUCACUCUCGGGAGAUGCCGUCGGACAAAUCCACCCAGGACCCUCCUCCAGUCUUCCAGUUUACAAACUGCUGGAUUCUGAAGAACCACCAACUGCAAAGGGAGGACCUGUGGGUGAGAGGCGGGAAGAUCCUCGACCCGGAGAAGCUCUUCUUUGACGAGAAGAAGCCCGCCGACGUUCAGCUGGACUGCCAAGGCUGCAUCGUUGCGCCCGGGUUCAUUGACGUGCAAAUCAACGGAGGUUUCGGGGUGGAUUUUUCUCAGGCCACAGAUGACGUUGCAUCGGGAAUCUCUCUGGUUGCCCAGAAAAUACUUUCCCACGGAGUGACUUCCUUCUGCCCAACGCUGGUGACCUCUCCGCCAUCUGUAUAUACUAAGGUUCUUCCCCAGAUUUGUGUAAGAAACGGCGGGCCCCACGGAGCCGGCAUCCUGGGGGUUCACCUGGAAGGCCCGUUCAUCAGCCGGGAGAAGAAAGGUGCGCACCCGGAGCCGUACCUCCGCACCUUUGAGACCGGAGCGUUCCAGGACGUGCUGGACACUUAUGGCGGCCUGGACGGGGUGAAGAUUGUCACCUUGGCACCCGAGAUGGAAAGAAGCGGAGAGGUAAUCCGGGAGCUGACCAAGCGGGGCAUCUGUGUCUCGGUAGGCCACUCUGUCGCCAACCUGUCCCAAGCCGAGGAAGCGGUUCGUCAUGGCGCAACCUUCAUUACUCACCUCUUCAAUGCCAUGUUACCUUUCCACCACCGGGACCCUGGGAUCGUGGGGCUGCUCACCAGUGACCAGAUCCCUCCCGGUCGACGAGUCUUCUAUGGGAUGAUAUCGGACGGGAUCCAUACCAACCCUGCGGCUCUACGGAUCGCCCACCGUGCGGACCCGAAAGGGCUGGUCCUGGUGACGGACGCCAUCAUGGCGAUGGGCCUUCCACCCGGUAGACACACUCUGGGCCAACAGGUAGUCGAGGUGGAUGGGCUGAACACCUACAUUGCAGGGACCAAAACUCUGAGCGGCAGCAUCGCGAGCAUGGACACCUGUGUCCGGCAUUUCAGGGAAGCCACAGGCUGCUCGGUGGAAACGGCCCUGGAGGCGGCUUCUCUCCAUCCGGCUCAGCUCUUGAACAUCGAGGACAAGAAGGGCACCUUGGAUUACGGCACCGACGCAGAUUUCCUGUUGCUGGACAACGGCCUCCGCGUCCAGGCCACAUACGUUGCCGGCCGGCCGGUCUGGAGGGAAGAAGGCUUCACGGUCUGAGACGGGGACCAGGACGGGCAGAGAACCAACACCGGUUGUUUUGCUUCACAACAAGCGUUGCUUUCCAACAAACUGCGACAGAACCAAGUUAUUUUUCUCCCCUUGCCUUAGAAAGCGGAGCUGGCUGCACCCACCGCACACCCGUCCUGCGGUCGCAACAAAGCUCACGCACAGCCAUGGGAAACAUCUCCAAUGUCCCUGCGUGAAGGCAAACGCAUGAGAGGGCAUCGGACCCAUGGCAUCAGGACGGGGAAGCCCCGUUGCGUGGCCACUUCCUUCCGACGUCGCCUCUCUCGUGGACUUUUUUGCCGGACUGGCAUUUUGUGGACCAUCGUCUGCCAGGUUGCUGUGAGUUUUCCAGGCUGUGUGGCCAUGUUCCAGAAGCAUUCUCUCCUAACGUUUCACCCACAUCUAUGGCAGGCAUCCUCAGAGGUUGUGAGGCAUGGAUAAACUAGGCAAGGAAAGGAAAAAAUAUCUAUCUGUGGAGAGUCCAGGGUGUGACAAGAGUCCUUUGUCAGUCGGAAGUCAGUGUUAAUGUUGCAAUUAAUCACCCUAAUUAGCAUUGGAAAGGUUUGUCUCUUGCCUGGGGGGCAUCCUUUGUUCAGAGUCAUUAGCCGUCCCUGGGGCUCCUCUGCCCUCAGAGUGUUGCUUCUUUUUUGUCAAAUAUUUUUAUUAAAAAUUUUAUAUUAAAGGAUAUGAGAAAGAAAAAAAAGUUUGCACAUCGAAAGUGGGAGAACAUUGUUUGUUUAUAGUAAAGUAGGAAAUAAGAUAGAAGAGAGAGAGAGAGAGAAAAAAAAGAUUUUGUUGACUUCCAUCUAACUUUAACUGGUUCAUCCUAAAAAAAACCCAACUGUAUAUAUAAAAAUUCAUAGAUCACCGCAUCCCCUUCAUCCUCGAUAACCUCAAAGAUUGUCUCUAAAUCAGCAGAUAGGUUCCAAUUUCAUUUGUUUUAGAUAGUCCUUUACCAAGUCCCAAUUCGUCUCUUUCUUCGGUAAACCUUGAUUUGAAGAUAACCAAUAUGUGAGUUCAUCACCUCUAUAACUUUAUUUAGCCAUUCCUCCUUAUUCGGAAUCUCCUUUCGUCUCCAAAACUUCUUAUUUACUGUUCUGAUUUUUGAGUUUUUUUUAAUACCGGGAGCCAGAUUUUGUUCAUUUUCAUGGUUUCCUCCUUUCUGUUAAAGUUGUGGAUUUCAAUGGCUUCUCUGUGUCAUCUGACAUGACUACACCCUGGACUCUCCACAGAUAUAUAUUUACUUUCCUUGCCUAGUUUAUCCAUGCCUCACAACCUCUGAGGAGGCCUGCCAUAGAUGUGGGCGAAAUGUCAGGAGAGAAUGCUUCUGGAACAUGGCCAGACAGCCCGGAAAACUCACAGCAGCCAUGAAAGCCAGAUUUCCACCACAAGCAGUGUGUGAGUUAACUACCGGUAAUAAUCAUCAUAUCAACUUUGGCCUUCUCUCCUGGCGCUUGGACUGCAAUUCCCACCAUUCCUUACAGCCUCAGGCCCUUUCCGCUUAAGCGGCUGAGGGGGAAAAGGAAGGGGCCUGAGGCUGUAAGGAAUGGUGGGAAUUGCAGUCCAAACGCCUGGAGAGAAGGCCAAAGUUGGCCCAUGCCUGGGUUAAAAUCAACCCACUUACAAAGUAAAGAGCAGCCACUUAUUCCAACCUGUUUUUAUGACCGAAUAAAACCGACUGCAUAUAAAGAU